AUGAAUCUCCUACUACGGUCGCUCCUCGGAACGACGGUAAGUUUAUGAUUCUUGGAAUUGUGCUAAGGGGUAGUCUAAGUUUGUCAUGCUAGAAUUUCUUGCACGUCACUCGUAGUAUCUUUGGAUUAUGGUAUCUGUGGGAGGUAACCUUUACAUAAGUCGACUUCAAAUUUAUAUUCGAUCAAAAUGAUUUUCAUUUUUAUGCGAUAAAUUAUUAAUUUUUUAUGCUCAUGCCAUCACUAGUAAAAUUGUAUCUUUCAUUCAAAUCCAUGGUUAAUAUUUUGUAAAAAUGACAUUUUUAGCUAUGCGUAGCCUUAUUUGGUAUCGUCCAACACAUCAACGGGGAACAAACUUUGUUUCCAGUGAGUUGUGUCCUCAAUGUCAUGAUUAUCUUGGAUCGUUCCGACUCCGUGAAAGGUGGCUUCAACGUGAGUCGUGACUUUGUUCUCGAUGUGUCACAAGAGUUGAACAUUGGCCCCAACACUCACAGUGUAAGUUUCAACACAAGAAUGUAGACAUAAGUCAUUCAAAUUUGUAAUAAAUUGGAUAAUAUUAGGUCUCUCAGUAACUUAAUUUAAAACUUAAAGUUUUCAAAGUAUAAUGUUAUAUUGUAGGUUUCCAUGAUUGUGUAUUCUGGAAACAGCUACAGACGAGAAGUGUACAAGUGGAACUUCGCCAAGAAUAACAAAGAGUUCUACGAGAUCGUGGGUGGUCUCCGUGCCAUUGGAGGUACCACCAACACCAAGAAAGCCCUGGAAGUAGCUCUGGACCUUAUGGAGAGCAGAAACAAGUCCAUCCCAACCUUGGUCAUGGUCGUGACUGACGGUCGUAGUGCCGUAGACCCAGUAGUACCAGCUCGCCAACUCCAAUCCAUACCUCAAACCUGGGUGUUUGCUGCCGCCACAGGUGACCCAGCCUUGGUCGAUAAGUAAGUCAGACGAACUGUUACAGUCCUUUGGAACAAAUAUUAACGAUAUCGAACAAACAGGUUCCGCCCGCUAUUUUUGUGUUUUGGCUUCACUAGCAAUUAAAUAAUUUAAAAACGAAAUUAAUAUUACCUAAUUUGAGAAAUAGAUCGAGUUUUAGGUCAAAAGACCAGUUAAUAGAAGUAAAGUUAAUAUUAGGUAACAAUAUUAUAUAAAAAAUAAUCAAAAACUUUAAGAAAGGAGCUGAUCGACAUCACCGGCCAUAUUAACCAUGUUGUUAUGCAAAGCGGCCGUGAAUUGGCUACGGACAUCACGAGACGUCUUCUGAGAGCUACACAAGAAAAGUGCAGGACCACCACGACCACUACAACAACAACUACCACCACUACGACUACAACCACGAACCCCUUCACCGGCUGUGAGCAGGACCUUGUUUUAGUCAUGGACUUUUCGACCACCACCACUAUCGUCCACAACUCCUAUCAACAGUUGGCCGAGAGACUGCUGCGACAACUCUACAUCAGUCCUCGUCACACUCGUGUCGCUCUCAUCGUCUUCAGCAGUGUUGGCAAAACACACACCAAGUUCAACUUGAAUACCUUCAAAACGGCCGAAGAUACGAUCAGAGCGGUCAGAGAAGCACAAUACAUUGGUGGAUUGACAGCUAUUGGUAAGAAAAUUAAGAUUACUAUGAGAGACCAAAAGUUAUCGUAAUAGUCACAUUGUCAUUUGUUUAUCAUGACAAAACCAACAUGACCUAUAAAUACCCAAAUAGCAAAGAUAAAAGGCUAAUCAUGACUUUGCAGGUGAGGGAAUCAAGGAAGCCACCAAACAAGCUGACGAAGAUCGGGGAGCUCGUCCUGGCCUAGCCAACAAGAUUAUGUUGUUAUUCACUGACGGCUGGAACAACAAAGGAGUCGAUCCAGUCCAAGAAGCCGCCAGAGCUCGCGCCGCCGGAUUCAGAAUGCUCACGAUCGGAGUCCAGGUAAAAAUGGCACAAAAAUACAUUUUUUCAUUACUUUGGCCAACAAAUUGAGGGAAAAGCAGUGAGAAUUAGAUUCCUCAGCUUUUCUGUAAUGUUAUUCACCUUACAAUAAGACGGAAAACGAUUCUAGCUACUUUUUGACCAGUUGGCAGCUUAUUUUUAAAUUAAAAUGAUUUGCAACGCAUUUUUAAUAGUUUUUUGAAUUUGUGUAACCCGAUCAACUUCAGGACCACACACCAGAAGGCGUCCCUCUCCACACUGACAACCUGAAGGCCAUCACUGGCAAUCCCAACGAGAUCUUCAGCGACGCCACCUUCAACCAACUCGUUAGCAUCGUACGACAAAAGAAUGUCGCUUGUUUGUAA